UGUGUUUUACAGUUAGGCUAAGUAUUGUAGUGUUUGUACGCUAUAAAGUGAAUGGGAUUUCAAAGAACCCACAUAUAAUGAAAUGAACGGACCUUAUUGGUAACGGUAACGUUACUCACAGAGGCAGAGGGUCGGUGCUAUAGGAAGGAGCAGACUUUCUGCGGUCUGAACGGGUUGUUGCUGGACGACAUGCCGGUGAGCAGCGAGUCCUGCUGGGCGUUCUGAAGGCAGAACUGCUGCAGGUCCGCUGCGGCCUGGGACACCUGUGGGAAACAAGCGAGUCUUAGAAAGUUAGCGGCUGUUAUGUAAUCAGCAGUUCUGUAUGAGAAGCGGAUCCGUUGAGUGACUGAAGCUAGCAACAAUGCAACGCGUCCUAAAAAGUAGCGUUACCUUAACCCUGUUUAUGCUAGCUUCAAGGCGUAACUGUUGUACAGUUUUCUUCAUCGUCACGAUGUUGGAUAAUCCCGACAUUGUUGAGGUUUUGAGACACUGUAGUCUUAUUAACGACGAAUGUAAAACUUCUACCAAAAACAAUCGCUAGGUUUCUUCCUCAUCACCGAGUUUCCGGUUUUUUAAAAGAGGGUUCGCCGCUGCCGCCUUCAUGGGAUGUUCUCAAACUCAAAAUUAUAAUUUUGACUUCCCCCUAAAGUUAUGACAACACGUACAUGUUAAUUAAAGCAGCCACUUUCGGUUAAAAAUUAACUCAAUUAUGUAUGCUCUAAAUUCAGAGCAAUGAAAGAGAAAUGUGUAGAUUUCACGUUUGUUUGUGCUUUGGUUCAUUUAUUUGCCAAAUGUUGUCUUAUAGUGUACUUCCGUUUUGUUAUGAUUGUCUACGUAAUUCAUAUUGUCUGGUCGCUCUAAACCUCACAUCAAAAACACGGCAUUCUUUGAAAAAAGAAAAAAGAAAAAAAGAGAAUUCUCGUCAAACUUAAUAUUUACGACAACUUCCAGUGUACGCGAAAGCAGCAUCAAUAGAAAUUGCAGCCUAUAGUGGCGAUAAAGUAUUAUCACACAGACAGAAUAUCCAGAUAUUCAAGAAGAACUUGAGAAAUAUCUCGACAUAAAACCCUGAAUGUUACCAAUAUAAUGUGUGACUUUUCUAAAAUGAUUUAGUAUGCAGAAGUUAUGUAAGUAGGCUAGUCAAGUGUAAAACAAUAUAACGUAAAAUAGGAUCACAUGUCGCCUUAAUUUAGGCUACUAAAACUAUAAAGGCUUAACAUAGGCUGAUUCCCUAAAUUCAUAUUAUACUUUAACGCAAUAAUAGUGUGAUAUAAAAUGCAAACACUUCCCUCCAACAUUUAACCAUAAUUCGAAAAAAAAACUGUACAUGCUGCCUGCCGAUGAAACCUGUAGGACAGUGUCUGGUGACCACAGAUUGGAUUAGCAGAUUUUUUUUCAGCAGCAGUUGUCAUCACCAGCACCAGAGCAACCACCGCUGGCACGCUCAUAAAAGAAGCUCCACUGGGCUACUGUGUUGGAUUGCACCAGAUUGUUACUGAGCAGUCCGCGACGUCGCAGCAAAAAAAGCAAUUAAGGCUCCCUGCGAUAAAGCUGACGGAAAUCUAACGGUUUCUCUGCUUCUCCUUGCUGAGCUGAUAAUGGAGCUGUCCUGUGAGUCCGUGAGAUAUCCUGAGGACAGAAGACCUGGCAGUUGCAAGUUCGUGGAGCUCCAUGUGCUGUAUGUGCCAGAUGACCAGUGGAAUAUGAAGCUUAAUAAAGUCCCUGCUGAAGCCAUAGAGAACUUCAUAUCUGCCGGCUUUAUCAGGGUUUAUCCUGACAUCACCUUGAAAACUCUGAGAAGCGAGCUGGGAGCUCUUCUUGGUGCUGAGAGGAGCAUCGACAAAUUCUCCUUCCUGAAAUGUGUGGGGCGCAGUUUGGCACUGGUCAAGAGCACACAGGAGAGGGAUCUGAAAGUGAAAACCUUUGCUCCACCGUAUGCCCCACAGCCAGAGCUUUACCUGCUGCCCACUGUGGAGAAUGACAGCAGUGUUUGCUCCCAGUCUAUCAGCCCAGACACCAGCAGCAGCUCUCCAGACCACCGGACCUAUUACCAACCUCCCAAGACGUGCAGCCUGUCAGCAGGAACAAAGGAGCCUGUUAAAUUCCCCCUUAUCCCCCAGUGUUCCCAUCAGCCACCUCCCACCCCCAGCCUUGAAGAGGAGGAGGAAGAUGAGGAGCAGAGCUAUAAUUCUUCAGAGGCAGAAGCAGAAAAUGAAGAGGAGAAUAUCUCUUCCAACAAGUUAGAGUGGGCAGAGCAGGAAUGUUGCCCAAGGAAGCCUCUGAAUCAAAGGGCCCCACAGCAAGUUUCACAGAAUAAAGGGUGCGAAGCUGAUUCAGCUCAGGUGAAGGAGUCGCCAGAAAAUAAAGAAACAUGCAGAAAGAAGAAACAGUACCACAGACAGAACAGAGCGGCCAGAGAUUUAGGAGUCGCCCAGUCUAUGGAGGACAGAGAUUCAGGCUUCUCCCUCACAGACGGGCUCGGGAAACCAAAAGAUGUACAUGCACUGAAGUCCAUCAGGAAUAAACCAACAAGUGGAGUGACAGAAAGACCAGCUGUGUUGUCUCGGUCUGUUGGGCUUACCUCCCCUCCUUCAGGACUAGACUUGGCCGUGGUCACUCACUUUCACACAAACAGAGAGGAACUGAUCGAGAAAAUAAAGCUGGUGAGGGACGAGAGAAAGCAGCUGGAGUGGACAAGGCAAGAGUUGCUAAGAAAGGGGAAAGAUUUGUUGGCUCAAAAUCGACACCGCAGGAACCAAGCACGUGACAGUUGGAAGAAGAAAUACUUUGAAACCAAGAAGGCCACAGCACCACUGGAGGAAAAUCUGAGAAACUUACGACAGGAGUUGGAGACAUUUUACAACAAACUGUUGCACCAGCUCCAGGCCAGAGACAACAGAGGGAAGCCAAGACGACAGGGCAGAUCUUCCAUAAAGAAUGAGCUCAUCAUUCAGAUCAUGACAGAGAGCCAUGAGAUUGACAACCUGAAGAGGAAGGUAGAGGAUGCCAAGAUGAAGCUGGUAACAGAGAUAAAGUUGAGAAAGCAGGCUGCCACAGAGCUGAGGGCCCUGAAGGCUGAGCUGGCCCAGAAGAAGAGCCAGUCCUCUCAUCCUGGUCCCACAUCCUCUCUGUGUUUUGGAAAUACCAUACGGGACAGACUGCAAGUUCAAAGCACCUCCAUCUAAUUAAGUACAUGUAGAAAUGAAUAAAACCUUUGCUGGGACAGCAGUUGAUGUUGAUUUGUUUGAUUGUAUGCAUCUGUAUUUAUAAGUCUUACUAUUUUAGUACCCACAUUUUGUAUUUUUGUGCGGUUGCUUUUCCCGCAUUUUAUUAUAACUUUAUUUUUGAUGUGAUCUGAUAUGGUUGCAAUGUUGAUGACUGUUGACCUUUUUGAAUAUCUCAGGUGGUUAAGCUAGUUAGGAAUAAUGCAAAAAUAUAAUGUUUAACUGGUUAUGUAUAACUUCAAUAAUUUACAGAUUUAUCAGAAAAGGUUUUAUUUAUGAAAAGCAUAAAAGUGCAAAGAUCUCAGUAAGUUUAAAAUUGGUCAAUCACAAGAUGUCUUGGUUGUCUUUUUCAGUUUGCACAGAGGAAUGUCUGAGAUGUAACUACAUUCAACAGCAAUAAAAAAACACAAUAAACUCUGAAGUGCAAGUAUGCAUCCCUGAA